AUGUCAACCUUUGCGGAAUCGAGUGGCUCAUUUUCUGGCCAUGAUCUCUUGAACUCGUCCGGUACCGGGCAAAAUGUUCUUUUUUCACAAGACAGAGAGGCUGAGACCAAAGUUGUUCGUCACUACCCUCUCGACCUUCCAGGUCUGUCGUUUGAAAAAUAUGAACAUCGACGGCUGGGCGUCCGUGAGGCGCUGGUCAAUCGCCUUGUGGUCGACAUAAUGGGCUCAACGAGGGCAACCCAUGCUGCCAAAGAACUGGAAAUGCGCAGUCCUUUGAGCUCUACAACCAUACCCGACACAUUCCCAACUAUGGGGGAGAUGAGGCAAGCUUUGGAGCUUGAGCGCGACCUUUGGUUACUGGAAGACAUGGCUCACCUCAAGCCAGCAUACAAGCCAUCGCGAGAUGCGCGCUUGAGCAGGCACUGUAGCCGGCGGGGAUUGAACAGCGCAACAGACGGCUCAACAUGGCAAAGCUCAUGGACAUUGUGUGACAAGAUCUUGGAUUUAGUACAAAGACAUUAUAUUGAGGUGGAUGAGGCGGCCACAAGGCAAUGGUUUCGUAUCAUGCGACUCCCACAGGGUCCGAUACAGCCUUUCAGGCCCAAGCCCCCGACCGCCGGGGCACUGGCCGAUCCCACGAGAACUAUGAGCGCAACUCCUCGCUCCAAGCCGCGUCGAGGCACACGUGCUGCAGUUGUGCAGUCCUGUGAGGCUAGACGCAAUCACAGUCGCUCACAAGAUAGAGGUGUACACGUCUCGGUCGACGCCCUCAGGUAUCACCGACAGUCCCUGGAGAGGUUUGCCAAAACCCAAGAUAGUAUGCGUCUGUACGACGGGGGCGCGGUAAGGCCAUGGAACAAUCAGGUACUCGACUUUAGCCGUUCAAUCACUGCUCACCAAAUCAGCAUGAUCGGGCAUGAGUCGAUAACGCCCAUGUGGCCGCAUUCCCGCGUCCUCAGGCGAUUUAAGAUUCGCGUUGCGUGGAAACACCGUCGCAAACUAAAAGAUCCGCUGUUCUUGACAGCUCACCCUCCUUUUAGCCCGGAUCCAUCUCGUGGGCCCUUCAGAUACUAUGCGCAGGAUUGCAAGUUAGACAAGCCAACCAAGAGGAAGCGUUCACUGAGCGAGCCCCCGCCCGGCAUGUUUGCGCAUGCCAAGCUUCCACGACCGGCCCAUCACGGCCCUAUAAUUGAAAUGGAGAUUGCAUACCCGCGUUUAUCGCUCGCCCAGGUAGAUCGGCGUUCGAGACGGAGAAGUCUUGAUCAUGGAAACAUCGAGGAUAUGCUGGGCGCCGCACCCAUUCGAGGGGACCGGACUCUGACCUAUUGUUCAUCUGAUCAACAAAAGGACCCAUCAGCAAACAAUCAUGGCAGUCGAACGGGUGGUCUUCAGGACCCUUGCCCCUCGAGUGUUGAAAGAAUGAGACCCGGACAUUGCAAAGGACCAAUGAUAGUGCAGAAAGGUGUCUGGUGUCCUACUUGUGAUUCUUUCCAUCCGCUCUCUGAUCUUCAUAACCUGACCCUCGAGGCGGGGCCCGUCCAAACUAUAUAUCACUCAGGGGAUGAAUCCGGCCUGUCCCCAAGAUUCAGCUGGGCCAGGGAGGAAGAUGGGCUUGGCAACCUUCAGAGGUGGACUGACUCUUUGCCCCCUACGGAACUUUCAUCCACCACCGUCUGCUCCAACUGCACAGGGGCAGGCCACCCAGAAACCUACUGCUUUCUGCGCUGUGGUCACUGCGGCGCUCUUGGUUGUGAUGUAAACCCAAUGGACCAGGAGCGGCCCAAGUUCCAGAUCGUUCGCUCUCAGCCGCCUGCUUUGCCUUCAAGAUACCACCAUGCGAACGAAUGUGAGGUGCCCAAGCGGAACCGGUGUAAAUGUGUCUCUUUUCCGACAUUUCAUACCGCAAAAGACUGCACAGUUACAUGCUCCCGGCCCUGUGGAAACCCCUGGCCACCAGGUCAUUUCCGGCACAGAAAUGCUAUGACUUGCAAAUACCGUUGCUGCAUGUGCGGUAUACGCGGUCAUGCAGGCAAGGACUGCCACCUGACCAAAGAUUCCUGCCUAUGCGGCGCACACCACCUCGGCCAAGACUGCGGCUGGAAGCCCGAGUGUCGCGUCCCGGGGUGUGGCCGAUACCACUGCAGAUUCCACUGCCGGCGCUGCGACGCCGUCCGGACGCCCAAGGGCAGCAAUCCCGACCCGGCCCUCCGCUUCCGCCUCUGUGCCGAGUGUACAGCGGCAGAGGUGAAGCGGGAAGACGAACAACAUGCCGCAGACGCCGCCGCCAUCUGGUCCAGACUUGUCGCCGACGCCGACGUUCGAUACCGCCAGAUGGACCAGACCCCGGCAAUGCUUGUCGAUUCGCCCUUUGAACUCUUCCGGGAGACGCUCGCGGGGUUGAACGUCGGCGUGCUCCGCGACCUGUUCUGGCCCGGCCCCGUGGAUCUGCCCACGGCCAAGUCCAACUAUGUCAAUUUCCAGAUGUCGCAGCUGCGGUAUGGCUGUCGCAGGAUGAGCAAGCUUUUUCUCGCGUCGGUGGAUGGCCAACUGCCAGGAGAGAUGCCCCGUAGCGGGCCGGUCGAGACUAUGGUGUUUCUCGAGAGCGUGAUGGACUGCGCGGCGAGGGAGAAGCGAGCAUCAAUGCACGAGGAGCCGGCAAAGGGCAAACAGGUUGUAGACAGAUAAGACGGGCUGAUUGGAAGACGAUGGCGCUUCUACCUUAAGCCUUUAUUUUGAUAUUUUCUUGGUACAUCAGUGGAGGUAAAAACUUUUUUUUUUAUCAUUCACUAGGUGAAGGCUGAUAUUGGUAUAUAUACACGCAACAAGCCAUUGUUGCUGAUAUGAACAAAACAACCUUUUUUUUUGGAAUUUACAGCUCAGAAUAGAAGAAAAGAAGAUAACCACCCAUUCAAGAUGAACUAAACAAAAUGGCUAAAGUGAGCAAAACUCCAUUGCGUCCAUGUGAAAGUGACGUCCAGGUAUCUUUUGAUGAAUGAAAAGCACAAAAAAAGGAGAUCAGAGUGUUUUGGUACGUGUGUUUGGUAGUUCGUUCCCAAAUAGCAAAAAAGGGUAUUAAGACAAUAGUAUGGGGGAUGAGGUAUCAAAAAGAAGAAAUAUGGAAGUGGCAUGGUGUUUUAGGAGAAGCAAGUUGCUUUCUGAUGGCCGGUCUGCUAUACAAGCUUUUUAAGACUUUUAACAAGGCUGAUGAGCCGUAUUUUUUUUAGUGCAAAGAGUGACGACUCUUUGUCGCGCAAUUUCCGUAUGUGGGAGAGUGGAGAGAGGAUCGAUGAAUGCCUAGUCGUCGUCCUCAUCGACCCAAGCCCCAGCGCCCGCUGUGGAGGCGCCCUUGGGAACGUUUAUGUCGGAAUCGUCAUCGUCCUCGACAAUGAAGCUCGUUCCGAGCGCCUCUUUGCCCUGCCGGAUCAUGGCCUGCAUCUGGGCAUUCAGAGCCUCCAUGCGGGCAUCUGUGUCGCGAUCCUGCUUGCGCCUCUGGGCCAAGAUCUUCUUGGAGUUGUCCGAGAUCAAAGGGCUGCUACACUCGACGGCGGCUUUGUCCUCCUUGGUGGCAACCCCAUGGAUAAGAGAACGGCGGCGUGAGCUAGGCGUCACGGCGCUGUGGGCACGCCUGUGUGCGCGGACAGAUGACGCAGAGGAGCAUGUCGAAGAGGAAGAUGAUGCUAUGCUCAUCGUUCUGCUGUCACUGUCGAAUUGAUUGGUAGGGGUCCGGAUUGGCGACGCCAGGGAGACCGACUGACGACGGGUCUCGGGUUCCGUGGACUUGGGACGAGCAAAAGCAUUGGGAUUAGGGCUAGUGCGUAUCGAAGCCACAGGCAGUCGACUAGGGGUUGAGGUGGUGACGGGAGAGAACUGAGCAUUACAAGGCGUCGCGGGGGAGCGCGGUGUGGCGUAGCUGGCUGGCUGACGAGAUGUCAAGGUGGCCGAGCCGGCGUGAGAAACCCGAGAUGCUGGUCGAUGAUUCAGAGCUGGAGACGAUGCUCUUGAGGGGGUGCUGUUGGCGUUGACAGCCAUACGUGAGACCGGGACGCUGAUGCGCCGGUUGUAGGACGUGGCAGUGGAGGAUGCAUAAUUCGACGGAAAUGAUGCCUCGCUCGACGGGUACGGUCGCUUUUCUUGGCACACUGACGAGCGUAUAUUGCUACGGCUCGGGCUCUGCCCGCGGACAACACCAGUAGGAUACUCGGAGAAUCUGCGACCAGGGGUACCAGGCCUGUUCGAGUUAUCCACCAUGACCCAUUGCUGCAGGUCCUCGGGGGCUCUGGGAACGCCGGAGAGCUGCCUGCGCUUUACUGCUGGCCGCGAUGGCGAUGACGCUGGGUCUCGGUCCCGGAUUUUUUCACACCGGAGUACGUCUGGGUGAUGAAUUUCACCCCCACCAUUCCCAAAGACAAUUGGGUUGCUAAGGCCAAGGCCUCCUGUAAGAUCGUUGUUGGAGGGCACACGGCGGGGCAUCCUGUUUCCGGUGCGGGUUGGUUGGACAGGAUAUGUAUCUCCUGAACCGGCUUGGAAACCCGCAAACGUGCUAGAUUUGACGAAUUCCCAGCAUUUUCCAACACACUUCCCGAUAAUGU